AUGAUCUCCCGCCUUUUCGCGCCUUUCCGUGGAUACACUUAUUUACCUCCCGAGGUCUCCACACUCAGCCUCAUCUUCACACCUUCUCAAAAGACAGCCAUGUUAGACCCCUGCUCUAUGGAUGCUUUUGGCCCAAUUGUCCCUCCUUCUUGUCUUCAUGGAUUUGAUUUCACCCUCUUGUUUGAAGAAAGUAUUCUCACCCUCGGCCCGAUCGGUAUUGUUUGUUUGGCAACAUCCAUUCGCAUUUGGAAGCUUUCGAGUGUCCCGGAAAAGGCCAACCGAUCAUGGUUGUAUGCCGCGAAAGAGUUAUCGUGGCUGCUUUACACGGGAUGUCAUAUGGUCCUGCUAGUCCUAUGGUAUCAACCUGUCACAUCCAAAACAAAAGCAACUCUGCUUACAACUUUUUUGACUGUGAUCAUUUCCCUUGUUCUGGCCUACUUAUCUCAUCUUGAGCAUCUACGCUCAAUACGCCCAUCCACAGUGAUCAAUAUCUUCCUCAUAUUUACCUUGCUCUUCGACCUUGUACGCCUUCGAACCUUGUAUUUCCUGCUCGCUACUCAAACUGUGACCAUAUUGUUUGCUAUAUCAUGGCUCAUCAAAGCGAUGAUUCUUGGGUUGGAGGCGACAGAAAAGAGAACUUUGCUUAAAAAGAGAUAUGAAAAUAGCCCGAUCGAGUCGACCAGUGGGGUGCUGAAUCGCGCUAUAUUUUGGUGGCUGAAUGAACUACUUUGGCGCGGGUCAACAGAUAUUUUGACAGUUGACAGUCUUCCUGCCCUCGACAGCGACAUCACAGCUGCUUCAGAUCCUCGGUCUAUACUUGAAAAAUGGGAAAAAGAACACGUUCACCCCGCCAACUACGCCUGCGGACUCAUCGGUGCUUACGCCAUUGUGUACCUUGGCAUCGCCAUCUCAUAUGCUGCUUAUGAGCAUAAGACAUACCGCGUUAUUACCAUGGUCCGAGGGAGUCUAGUCACCCUCAUUUUUGACAAAACUCUGCGGAUGAGCACUACGGCUAUAUCAGACACUGCUGCCAUCACGUUGAUGAGUACCGACAUUGAACGAAUCGGAAGCAGUCUCAGAGAGAUGCACGAAGUAUAUUCCAAUUUUACCGAGGUUGCAUUGGCCCUGUGGCUGUUAGCACGACUACUAAAUGUAGCGACAAUCGCGUCUACCGCGGUUGUUGUCUGUGUCCCACUGGCAGUUGCUUGUGGGAAAGCACAAGGUAUAUGGCUUGAGGCUGUCGAAGAGCGGGUGACUGUUACCUCAAAGGUUCUUGGGGUGAUGAAAAACAUCAAGAUGACAGGCUUGACAGAAACUAUUUCCAGCAGUCUUCGAGAUUUGCGAUCCGCCGAAAUCGAUGCUUCAUUUCCAUUUCGACUCUACGAAACAUUAGGGAUUACACUAGCCCCUAUGUUUGGGUUUGGUGUUUAUGCUAUGCUUGCCCGAGCAAAUAACACAACUACACUGACGAACGGCCUGGCCUUUUCUGCGCUGACACUUUUUUCGCUGUUGGAUCAGCCAAUGGGCUCUAUUGUGAAUGGCUCUGAGGAUCUGAUGGCAGUGGUCAACUGCUUUCAAAGGAUCCAAAAGCACCUUACGGAAAGGGAAAGAGUUGACUAUCGACUAAAGCACCAUACUCAGGAGUCCCAAUCAGCGCAAAUUUCUAGCAGGACUCCUCUAAUUGAGGCAGAUUCCUCGUCCUGGGAACAAUAUAUCGAACGCUGCGCUGUUAUUCGAAACGUCUCUGCAGCUUGGUCAAUUGACACUGAGCCGGUGCUAAAAGAUCUGAAUAUAGACAUCCAUGAGUCCAAGAUUACGAUGAUUGUUGGGCCUGUUGGCAGUGGCAAGUCUACUUUUUUGAAGCUGCUCAUGGGGGAGAUCCCAGAAUGUUCUGGCUCAAUCUCUACCAGCUUCAAUCAUGCCGCAUAUUGUAGUCAGUCGCCGUGGAUUACAUUCGGAACAAUCCAAGAAAAUAUUGUUGGUGCAUCGCAAUGGGAUCAACCAUGGUACGACCAGGUCAACAAGGCAUGCACUUUACAAGCCGACUUCCAACAACUUCCUGCGGGGGAUCAGACAAAAGUGGGGGUUCGUGGUUCUCGACUCAGUGGCGGGCAGCAAAUACGCGUGGCGCUUGCACGGGCUCUCUACUCGAAAGAGCCCGUUCUUCUUUUGGAUGAUGCCCUAACGGGUCUUGACCAAAAAACUGAGAGCAUAAUUCUAGAGAAUUUGUUUGCUCAACAUGGUUCUAUCAAGCGUUCUCGGCAAACAGUAAUUAUGGCAACAAACUCAGCGCAUCAUCUUCUCUAUGCCGAUAGCGUCAUUGCGUUGGAUGAAGAUGGUAGAAUCAUCCAACAUGGAUCGUACAGUGAUCUUAUGAGUUCCGAUGGCUACAUUAAAAUGCUGUCGGAUGGGGUUUACUCAGCCAACACUGUUCAAUCCCCCGAUGUUGUUUUAGACGACGAAACAUUGCGGGAAUUGAACUUGGAUGACCAAAAUACGGAUUUGAGUGGACGAACUGGCGACUGGACUGUCUAUCGCUUCUAUUUUCAGAACAUUGGCUGGCCUCUCCUAUCGGUCUUCUUUGCAUGCUGUGUUCUCUUUAUUCUUGGUCUCAGUUUUCCUCAAAUAUGGCUACAAUGGUGGACUCAUGCCAAUGAACAGCAUCCCAACGAAGAUGUUUAUUAUUGGUUGGGUGUAUAUGCUGCACUUGGUUGCUUCUCACUUCUAAUUACCUUCAUCGGCACUUGGAUCCUCGCCAUGAUCAUACAGCCCAGAACAUCCCGUGGAUUCCAUGAGAUUCUCUUGCGUACUACAAUAGGAGCCACAACCUCUUUCCUGACCUCUACGGAUAUUGGGAACACCACAAACAGCCAAGACCUCGAACUCAUUGAUGACGAGCUUCCUUCAGCCUUGGAGCUAACAAUCAAUGCUGUGCUAAGCUGUAUUAUAGAAGGUUUUUUAGUCUUUGUUGGAUCUUCUUAUAUCACAGCAGCAGUAAUCCCAGUCUGCGUCCUGGUUAUAUACUACGUGGCAAAAUUCUACGUUCAGACCUCUCGUCAAAUGCGUCUGCUGGACAUUGAAGCUAAAGCACCAUUAUUCUCACAAUUCUUAGAAGCUCUGAGCGGUCUUUCUAGCAUUCGAACCUAUGGUUGGACAGAAGAUUACCACCGCCGUAAUCAAAUUGCCCUUGACGGUUCCCAACGCCCUUCCUAUUUGCUUUAUUGCAUUCAGCGCUGGAUUGGCCUUGUGCUAGACUUGAUAGUGGCAUGUAUUGCUGUCAUUGUCAUCGCCGUCGCAAUUUCGAUGAAGGGUAGCCCUUCCAUGAACUUAUUAGGCAUCUCGUUAUUCAAUAUUGUCAACUUUAGUGGCACCCUUCAAACGCUCGUGACAUACUGGAUUGGACUGGAGACUUCCAUUGGGGCCGUUUCUAGAAUUCGCUCAUAUGCGGAACAAGCCACUACUGAGGAUUUAGAUUCCGAGACAGAGGCUGUUCCCGAGGGCUGGCCUCAGCAGGGUGGGAUUGAUAUAGCUGACCUUUCAGCAUCUUACGAUGCCUCUUCAGAUCCUGUCCUUAUGGGAAUUGAUCUCAGAAUCCACCCCGGUGAAAAAGUUGCUCUCUGUGGCAGGACUGGCAGUGGCAAAUCUUCGCUUGUUUCGGCAAUUCUGCGAAUACUAGAACUGAAUAGCGGCACAAUUCUCAUUGAUGGCAUAGAUGUUUCAAAAGUCUCCAGAGCACACGUUCGGUCCAGAAUCAACACUAUUCCGCAACAGCCCUUUUUCCUCCAUGGCACGGUACGGCUAAACGCCAAUCCCGAAGGAAAUGCAACUGAUGAAACGAUCAUUGCCUCUCUCGAAGCAGUCAAUCUAUGGUCGUAUAUUCAACUCAAAGGAGGGCUGAAUGUUGAUAUGUCUGAUGAUUUUCUAUCUCACGGGCAGCAGCAGCUUUUCUGCCUCGCAAGAGCUCUUUGCAAAUCCAGCAGUAUUAUUAUCAUGGACGAAGCCACUAGCAGUGUGGACUCGGAAACAGAUACGCUCAUGCAGACCGUCAUUAGAACGCACUUCAAAAAUCAGACUGUCAUCGCUAUCGCGCACAAACUGCAUACGAUUCUAGACUUUGACAAAAUUGCUCUCAUGGAAAAUGGCAAAAUUGUUGAGUUUGAUACACCCAAGGCGCUUUUGUCAAAAGAAGGAUCAGCGUUUAGAAAUUUGCUGGAGGUUUUCCAUGACAGUUCUACAUAA